AUGUUGGUAGGAUUUCUCCUAGUUUGUGCAACCGUGCUGGCAAAGGACAGCGGGAAGGACACAUGCUUCCCGGGCUACACCCUCAACACUGACACGAAGCAGUGCACCAAGGACCCAGAAGCGCCGUGCAACGUCGAGGGCUGUGAGACCUGCGUGGAGGGCAACGCCCAGCAGUGCAAGACGUGCCGUCCGGGCUACACCAUCAACACUGACACGAAGCAGUGCACCAAGGACCCAGAAGCGCCGUGCAAUACUCCCAACUGUAAGACCUGUGACAACCCCAAAACAGACAGUGAAAUCUGCACUGAAUGUAAUGACGGCAACUACCUCACCCCUACAAACCAAUGCGUACCUGACUGCACGACCAUCAGCGGAUACUACGGAGAUACUGACAAGAAGUGUAAGGCAUGCAACCCUGAGUGCGCUGAGUGCGUUGGGCCGGCCAACAAUCAGUGUAGUUCCUGUCCUGCUGGCAAGAAACUGACAUAUACAGAUGACAGCAAUCCUAAUAACGGAGGCACCUGCGGGGAUGCGUGCAAGGUGUCUGCAGAUGGCACUGGCUGUGAGACAUGCGGGGCCCAAAUAGGAGGAACUGCAUACUGCUCAAAGUGCAAGACCUCCACUCAGGCCCCCUUGAACGGCGACUGUGCGGCCAGUUCACGAGCAACUUUCUGUACUAAAAUGGGUAAUGGGGUGUGCACUCAAUGUGAAGAUAACUACUUCCUCAAGGACGGCGGUUGCUAUCAAACAGAUAGACAGCCUGGCAAGCAAGUGUGUAGUAGUGCACAGGGAGGCAAUGGUAAGUGUCAGGCAUGUGCCAAUGGCUUAGCAGCAACUGAUGGCAACUGUGCAGAAUGUCAUCCUACUUGUGCUACGUGCUCGACUGCAGGUGCGGCUGAUAAGUGUAAGACCUGUGCCACUGGGUAUUACAAGGAAAACGGUGACGAUACCACUGAUGGCCCGUGCAAGAAGUGCUCAGAGAAGAUCUCUGGAUGCAAGCAAUGUGUGUCAUCAUCUGGCAGCUCAGUCAUAUGUUUAGAAUCAGAAGUAGGCACUGGUGGAAGCGUCAACAAGAGCGGCCUCAGCACGGGGGCCAUUGCAGGCAUCGCUGUGGCUGUCAUCGUUGUUGUGGGGGGCCUCGUAGGCUUCCUUUGCUGGUGGUUCCUCUGCCGCGGGAAGGCGUAG